UAUUGCAAUGGAGUAGACUGGCGCCAGAAGCUUGACUCUCAGAGAGGAGCUGUGAUUGCCACAGAGCUGAAAAACAACAGCUACAAAUUGGCCCGCUGGACGUGUUGCGCGCUGUUGGCUGGAUCGGAGUAUCUUAAACUCGGGUACGUAUCCCGUUACCACGUGAAGGACUCUGCCCGCCACGUGAUCCUGGGCACGCAGCAGUUCAAGCCAAAUGAGUUUGCCAGCCAGAUCAACCUGAGCAUAGAGAACGCCUGGGGCAUCCUGCGAUGCGUCAUCGACAUCUGCAUGAAGCUGGAUGAGGGGAAAUACCUCAUCCUCAAGGACCCUAACAAGCAGGUGAUCCGGAUCUACAGCUUGCCUGAUGGCACCUUCAGCUCUGAUGAAGAUGAGGAGGACGAGGAGGAAGAAGAGGAAGAGGAAG